AUGGGUAAACGUAAAGCUAAAAGAAAACCGAUGCAAAAAAAGAAACUCGUCCUCGAUACACAAUUCAAUUGCAUUUUUUGUAACCACGAAAAAAGCGUUGAUGUUAAAAUGUACGGGAACAGGGAAGAUAAAGUUGGAAAUUUAGCGUGCAGGGCGUGUGGUGCAAAAUUUCAAUCGAUAAUUAACCAACUGAGUGAUCCUGUGGAUGUAUAUUCGGACUGGGUUGACGCCGCGGAAAUGGUGAAACCCGAAGGUGAUGGUGGACAUGGCGAUUACGAUGAUGACCAACUUGAUGAUGAGGGUCUAUUUCACUCUCGGGUUGCGGUCAAUGUGAGGUCUCCGGAUUACGGGGAAGACGAUGAAGACGACCUCGAAUGA